UGUCAUAUGACUUAUAUGAGCGCAGGUUUGAGGCUGAUUGCACAGCUGAACCGGGUCACACUCGGUCCGGGCGUCACUUACCGUCUGUCUGCUCAGAGGAACCAUCCACCCGUCGCAAUGGCUGUCCGCGGUUGUGUGACCCUGCUCUUUAUUUUGAUCAGUGGUAUUGUGCAUGCUGAAGAGCCGGUGACCUCGCCUCUACCACCAUCACAGGAGAUCAGUACAAGUGCAAUCCUGUCCGGCCUUUCAGCCUACUCCACCCCGUCUUCAACCGCCACUUCUGCUAGUACAACCACCGAUUCAACCACGCGUCACAGCACGACUAAAUCUACUACAGAGUCUCCAACUACUUCUCAAACCACGACUAAAUCUACCACAGAGCCUCCAACUACUUCUCAAACCACGACUAAAUCUACCACAGAGCCUCCAACUACUUCUCAAACCACGACUAAAUCUACCACAGAGCCUCCAACUACUUCUCAUCAAACCACGACUAAAUCUACCACAGAGCCUCCAACUACUUCUCAAACCACGACUAAAUCUACCACAGAGCCUCCAACUACUGCACACACUAAUGCUACAACAGCUCCAACUCCUACGACCAUCCCUCCCGUCCCCAACCCAAAUGUUGGAAACUACAGUGUCAAGUCAGGCAACGUCACAAUCUGUCUUUUGGCGAAGAUGGGCCUUCAGUUCCGUUUCAAAAUGAGUGAGAACCCCAGUUUUCAGACUCUUAAUCUUGACCCAAGUGCUAAUGUAACGGAAGUCAGUGGAACCUGUGGAGGUGGUGGCAAUGACUCAUCCCUUCUGCUGAAGUCUGAUGAAGUCACUGUUCAUUUUGUCUUCACAAAUGUUUCACAGAAGUUCCGUCUACAUGCUUUGACGCUCUCUGUUAAUCUUGGUAAUGGGAACUUUUUCAAUGCCUCCAAUAACAAUCUGUCUCUGUGGGAGGCAACUGUUGGAAGCUCCUACAUGUGCAGAAAAGAGCAGAGUUACAACAUCACUGACAAGCUUACCCUCAACACGUUCGACCUACAAGUGCAGCCCUUCGCAGUCCAGAACAACAAGUUUAAUACAGCCCAUGAAUGUGCAAUGGAUGACACCAGCCUCUUAAUCCCAAUCAUUGUUGGUGCCGCUCUGGCUGGUUUGAUUUUCAUUGUUGUGAUUGCAUACGUGAUUGGUCGACGAAGGACCUAUGUUGGAUAUCAAACACUGUAAUGCAACAAAAUCACAAUCAAAUCCUGGGUGUUUUAAGGGACAUGCAAGCCUGUUCCUGGACCAUUGUAAAUAUUGGGUUUUUGUGCAAUCUCAAUUGGCUACCGACUCUUGGCCACGAGUCAAAAUAUUUUGUUCUAUUGUGGUAAAGUAAUCCACCGGCCCUUAAACUGCAAUAUAUUGAAAAUGUAAAUACAGUAGCACUCCAGGACCAGAGCUUCCUAUCGUGAAUUAAGUUUUUGUGCACAUGCCCCCCAACAUUGGUAUUGUGAAGUAAGUGCAUGGUCUUGUGUUUUAGCUUGAGACCCCACAUAUUUAAAUUCUUAUAAUGCUAAUUACUGCGCCUUGCUAUCCUGUUUGAAAAUAUCCUAUAUAGAAAAACAUUUAGUCUUAUAGAUAAUGGGUUGUGGCCAGUUUAAAAUCAAUGACCCUGCACUUGCUUUAUACAUUCCUCUUUUCCGUUUUGUAAUUUAGCUCUUUAUCAUAACUGUAUCGAAAGCUUUAAACUGAAACCGCUUCAUAUUCGCCUCUCUUGCAGCUUUUGAGUUAAAUAUUAAAGGUAAUUUCAGAAACUGGCUGUUACUGUGCACUGUAGUGACUGGAUGGCUAACAUUUAUUGAAAUCAGGUGCUUUUGCAUCAUGUUGGCUGUCCUGUAUUCAGAGCAGCUGUGAGGGUAGAACAUUUAAACAUGCUGGACAGCCCGCUCAAACAAUUGAAAUUCUAGAACAAGAAACAAAUGCUUGAAUGUUUAAACUACAUGACAAGCAUUUUAAAAAUGCAGGCCAUUUGAAAUAAUGCAGGCCUGGUGUAUUUGAGUGACACCUUAGGAAAGCAUAAUACAAAGAAUCGCUUACUGAUAUUUAAAUGCUGUUACAAAAUAGGUUUGUUAAUGUUUGUAAUACCCUUAACUAGGGUUUGAAAAGGGACAGUUAAAUCUUGUCAACUAUUCUAGUCUAAAAGAUACACUCUGCUUUUUGCUAACUGAAUUAUAUUUGCUGCAAUAUACAUUUUUGCACCUAUUUGAACUGGGUUUGUUUUUUCCAACUACUUUAUUACACAUGACUAUUUCAGUUGCUAAGCAUUUCAGAAUGAAUUUGCUUUGUCUUUUUGUUUCUCACAUUAUCGCUCUAAGGGUUUUUUUUUUUUUUCUCUUCUCCCUCCACUGUUUAUGCACUUCUAAUUUAGUCUAUACAGCACCCACACUGAAUCUUGCAAAUGUUUUUCACCAUAGCCAGGACAAAUGAAACCUUCAAAAGUGGUCACUGGUAAUUUUGUGCCUUGCUUGAUGCAGUUACUUUUGCUUGCCAUUUCAAUAAGUCACAUCAAUUACUUGUAAAAAUAAAGAUUUGAUUUUUAUUUUCUUCCGAGCAUAUGUGUGACAGGUUUCUGCUUGUAAAAAAGGGAUUCCUUAUCUGACUGCCCUAAACAUUUGAUGUUUCAUAAGAUUUGGUUGUUUCGUUUUUGCAAUGGAAUGACUUUGUUUUAAUGGGCUUUUAGCUGCAAUAAAUGAAGAAAAACAAUUGUGUAUAACA